ACGUGUCACCUUUCCAGGCAGAGUCCAACGCAGAGCCCAUGGCAAGGAGAGGAGACGUCAGGUCAAUGGCUAUCUCUGCCCUGUGGUGUCUCUUUUUUUCCCUCCUCACUUGGGGCUGCCCAUCAGGAUGUGCUGAGGAGAGCCCUGCGCCCCAUGACGUCACUGGAGACGCAAAGAAACCUGUGCUUUUGAGAGAUAUUGCAGCCACAACAGCCUUCAUCAGUGCUGCUGAGGUGGCCGUCAUUGGAUUCUUCCAGGAAUUAGAGAGGCCAGAAGUUUCGAACUUCCACAUUGUUGUAGGAAAAAUCCAGGAGGUGCCGUUUGGACUCAGUACCAACCCUGAGGUCCUGUCUCAUUAUAACAUCACGAGCAAUACCAUCUCCAUCUUUCGCAUGGUGGACAACAAACGUCAAGAUUUGGAACUCACCGAUGGCAAAAAAAUUGAUGCCACCAAGAUGAGCCGUUUCAUUCAGAUCAAUGAGCUGCGAAUGGUGACAGAGUACAACCCUGUGACAGCAAUAGGUCUGUUCAACAGUACAGUCCAGACCCACCUCCUCCUCUUCACAGACAAGACCUCCAAGGAGCAUACGGAGCGAGUGCACAGGUACCGGGAAGCAGCGGAACUCUUCCGAGGAAAGAUUCUUUUUGUCCUGGUGGACAGCAAUGUGAAGGGCAAUGAACGUGUGAUGUCAUUCUUCAACCUGAAGAAGUCCCAGUUGCCAUCUCUAGCUAUAUUCCACACGCCAGAUGAGGAGAAGGAUGUGCUGCCCCUGGGUGAGGUCACAGUGGAGCGUGUGCAAGACUUCUGCAAUGGCUUCUUAGAGAGAAAGCAAAGGAAAGAAGAUCCCAGCCCAGAGGAGAAGACAGAGCUUUGACUCCCAUCUCAAUCACCAGAUAAAACACUGUGGCUCUGCCCAGUGCCACCUGCACUCUGUAUAAGAAGAGUUCACUGUGUCCAACAUCUCUGGAGACCCUGAGACAAUAGAAAUAUGAGGCCAAGUCAACCAUGAUCAACCCUUCUCCAUUCCACAUACAUAUACAUAUAUGUUCUUUCUCCUCUCUAGGUAUCUCUCUCUCUCCUUCUCACUUGCCAGUUCCAUCCCCCUCUCAUCUUAAUGCUCCAGGAGCCAUGGCCCUGUACUGCACUGGUCCUUCGGAGCUCCCACUGCCUGUUGCCAUAUAUGAGAGCAAGAGGCAAUAUGAUGAAACUGCAGUGUCAAAAACGUGCCUUGCAGAAAGUUUAUGCAGAGAUUGGCAGGUCUGUUUCCCUGAUGACUCUGUCUCUGCCCCCUUAAUACGUGGUUCCCUCCCACCCCCCAUCUGGCACCGGUACUGUGUUGGGAUUCCCUUACACAUCUCUCUGGGUCUAGGAGCUUAUUUGUUGCCUGAGGUCACAUGACCUAUAACAUUACGUUUUAAUAAAUAAAGCAGAAAGUGAAUUCCCUGAA